CCUUACGACACGUCACGUAACUAGGAAAAUGGGCGGUGGAUGUGGAUUUCUUGGUUAGAGAGAAAUGGGUCGGAUAUUUUUGGUGGAGUUAGAAGGAAGGACUUACAAAUGCAAGUUCUGCAAAACAAAUUUAUCCCUCGCCGAGAAUGUCGUUUCACGGGGUUUUCAUUGCCGCAGAGGAAAAGCAUACCUGUUCAGCAACGUGGUGAACGUCACAGCUGGACCCGUUGAGGAGAGGAUGAUGCUUUCAGGAAUGCAUACUGUUACGGAUAUAUUUUGUGUAUGCUGUGGACAAAUCGUUGGCUGGAAAUAUGAGACUGCACAUGAACAAUCCCAAAAGUAUAAAGAAGGCAAAUUUGUUCUUGAAAGAGGAAGGAUCAUCGACGGACUUGAUUCAGAAUUUUACAUUGAUACCCGUCCGAGUUCAAGCGAUGCUGAAGAAGCCUAGUGUUACUGUUUUCCCUAGACUAAUAUAUACAUACAAGAAUAAAUGGUGUAAGAUGAUGGAAAAAUGUUUUUGUAUGUUGGAAAUAAGUUGUAGAUUGUUGCUGUGUUGGAUCGUC